AUGUUUGAUGAUGGGGCUAUGGUCAACGCAAUUGAUGCGGGGGUAUUCGAGCAGGUGAAGAACCGCUUAUCUGUGCUGGAGGUGUCAGGCAAACUACUUCGAAUGGCAGACGGAAGGAUAGUACCCUCGGUUGGUGUGUGGCAGGGCAUGGUCUCAGUCGGAAAGGCACAGCAUACAGGCACCUUCGAAGUCUUCGACAGUGGAAAGGCUUGGGUGUUGCUGUUUGGAAAACUCCUUCUGGAGGGGUUUGGAGCCAUCCAUGACUACGGACCGGACGAAAUCUGGCUACCAGUUGGAGAUAAAGGGCUACUCGUGCAUAACCAAUUUAACGAUACCUCAAACCCAGGCAGCCGUCUCAUGGUUGGUCUCACAACCGAUAUCAAACAGCAAGUAAUGCCCAGGGAGGACAACCUUGCACCUGCUGCAAGUCAAACAUCAGAUGCUGGAGCUGAGAGCUACCCAUUUAACCCAGCUCGUGUCAAGGCUAUUCUGGAGGACAUUACCAUAGGUGCUGAUCUCAGUCAUGAGCAACGACAAGAGGUACUAGCACUCCUGGCGGAGUUUGCAGACUGCUUCGCGCUGUCCAUGAGUGAGGUUAUAGCUGUCAAAGGUGCAGAGCACCAACUCAAUAUACCAGAUGGUGCAACCUUCAAGACAAAGGUCAACCAGCAACCACUCAGCCAGCCCCAAAAAGUGUUCUAUGAUGAGGUGAUUGACAAGAUGCUGGAGGCAGAUAUCAUCCAACCCAUCCCUCAUCGUGAUGUGAAGUGCUGUGGAGCAACGACACUGGCGAAAAAGGCACAUGAGGGAGCAGGCCUUACGCUGGAGGAACUACAACACCGUGUCAAUGACAAUUGCACUGAGGCUGGAUUUGCACCAGCUUUUGAGCACCUGCUACCACCACAACCAGUCCAGUCAGACAAUCCCUCUGAGUCCACUGUCAACAGUUCUCCAAACCAGAAGUGGUGUGUUUGUCAGGACUUUGCAGAGCUCAAUAACGUCACAAAAGUACCACCCAUGCCACAGGGUGAUAUACGAAUGAAGCAGCAACGUUUGAGUGGUCAUCGCUGGGUGACAACAUUUGACUUCGCAUCAGGAUUCUAUGCCCGCGCAAUACCCGAGGACCAACAACCAUAUGUCUGCUUCUAUGUUCAGGGGCGUGGCUACUUCAGCUACGAACGAAUGCCAUUUGGGUUAACAGGCGCUCCAUCAACGUUCGCCGAUAUGACAGCCAAAGCACUAGGCAAUCUUGUUGGUUCAAUGAUUGAGCUCUUUGUAGACGAUGGUGGAAUGGCUGGCUAUGCGGGAAUAGCUCAGCCCCUAACCGAUCUGCAAAGACAACUCGAACUACCAAAACUCAAGGGCAAAGCAGCGUAUUGGAGGGUAAUGAAGGGAUGUCCAUUGGAGGGCAAGUGGACUAAGGAACACAACUACGCUUUCUUGCUUCUUAAAGCAGCUCUUACAAAUGAACCAGUUUUGCAAGGCCCAAAGUACGACGGCACACCUUUCAUUGUCACUACAGACGGUUGCAAGUUUGGCUUCACAGGAAUGUUAACCCAGAAGCACACCACAGUCCUUCCUAAUGGAAAGGAGGUGACGAGGCUACAUCUGGUUGGGUUUGCAUCAAAACGAACAUCAGUAACAGAAGAGAAGUACAAACCAUUCAUUCUGGAGUUUGCUGCCCUCAAGUAUAGUCUUGACAAAUUCUCUGACGUGGUCUGGGGCUUCCCAGUUGAGCUUGAGACAGACUGCCAAGCACUCCAGGAUCAUCUUCUCAAUGGCAAGAUCAAUUCUACGCACGCAAGAUGGAGAGACGGUGUGCUUGCUCACCAGAUAGUCAAUGUGCGACAUCAGCCAGGUCGGCUGAACCCUGUUGCAGAUGGCAUCAGCUGCAAGUUCGUCAACCUACCAUACGAGGAUGGUGACAGCCACAAGUGGACAGUGAGCGAGGACUGGGAAGCAUGA